AGGACUUGUUAGAUUGGCUUUAUUUGUUGAUGUUGCGAUUUGACUUUAUAUUUCUUUUUCUGUAGGGUAUGUCUAUGUUCUAUGUAGGCGAACAACUUGAAUUUGAGACAUUCACAACCGCUUGCUUUGCGGACAAUUGAAGUUCUGGUUCUGGAACACUCUUAAGUUCAGUACGUAUUAGCAUCGUAUCGAGUUUUUGUCGUUUUUGUCCAUCUCAAAUAGCGUGUCGCUUAGCCACCUCACUGAAGCUGGCGAGGUAGUUCUUCGAAAGACACUGAAGAUGAGCGUCACAAGAAAAGAGUCUAAUUCUCCUCCUUCCACCAGGGAAAGGCAAAUCCUGGAAUUUUGGGUUCCGGAAAGCGAAGGUGAUCAGACGCAGGUGACUUUGUAUACGGCCUCAAAAUCUGAGUGCAGAUACCGGGCUCGGACAACCAGGCAAGACGAACUGCCAGUCGGGGCUCGGACGCUCGAGGAGAUGGUUAAAUUAGCGGAAAACUCGAUCGAGGCGUUCAGCCGCGCGACAGCAGACCUGAGGCUGGAAAGCGGGCGCGAUGGCGCACAGCAUGCGGGAGAUACGGCGGACGAUGCGUUGCAGUUGCUGGAGUAUGUGAUCCAAGCAGAAAUUGCUUGGGAAGCAAACGGGGAAAUAAGGAAGUGUAUGAUUACUCAACACUACCGCGAGCGAGUUUCCGCUGCACGCGAGGGCUUCAAUGCUGCGGUACAGGAAUUCACGAGAGUAUGAAAGUGCACAACUCCCCCUUCCCCUCAUUUGUCAUGCAAAAUAGAAAUACCCAAUCCAGAUCCACCCUUUGCCUCUUUGCACUGUUUGCAUCACAAGUUCUGGUAGCCCAAAUAGCACUACAACCCUGUGCAAAUUUGUCAUGCAAAACCGGCAUGCUUGCUGAUGCUUGUACUGCCGUUCAUGCUAUACAAAUGAGGGGAAGGGGGGGCUGUGCAUUGUUAUAGAGAGCCAAGGAAGACCAAGACGCCCGGAAUAACCCCAUUGUUGGCCGGGCGAGAGCAUCAAGAGCGAGUUCUUCGGGUUACUCCCUUUCAUCCGACAAUAGAGAAGCUGCGAAGGUCCAGGGGGCCGCGUAUGGUCCGGAGUCGAAAAUAAACGGCCUCGCGCCGUCGAGCUCGUCUACAUUUCGAAGAACAAGGACAGAGCGUGGUCGAGACCGUAGAGGAAGAAGUGCAGACUCGGAUGGAAAUAAAGUAGCGACCAGCUCGUGGGAUAGGAAAACAGCCGAUGAUCGAGAUAGGAAAACAGCCGACCGAGGUGAAGGAGGGCGCGAGCGAGAUCGAAGGAGCAGUGGGAGAUCACGCAGUGCCCGACGCAGAAAGCGAAGUAGCAGAGCGCGCAGUAGACGCGCCUCCAAGUCGAAGACCGAUCGAAAAGCCGCAUCACGGUCACGGUCACGGGAUCGAGCGGUGUGGAAGCGGUCGGUCGAGGCCCCUCAACAGGGGACUGGGUUGCUGACGGGAGCGGAUGGGAGUGGUAAGUGUAUUUUACUUUCUACCUUUUUUGUCGAGUAGCGAUGGAGAUAAAGCAAAAACGUCAUCCAGUUUUAGAAAACUCGCUGGGACAUCUUUUGAUCCUCCUCUACAUGAUUAUUACAGGUGCACCAAAAGCAAAACAACUUUCUUCUUCAUCAAGUUCGUUGCGGCGUUCGUACAACACGUCAGCCAAGAAAAGCGAACGGUUUUUGUCGGAGGCGGAACAGGAGCGUGCAGUCUUCAUCAACUGGCCCAUGCAUUACGAGCACGCCGCCGUCUCACCCGCGGCGGAGGCCGAUCACGACUGUAUUCGGGAGGAGCUGUUUCGCCGGGUCGGAGGAGAGCAUCGCGUCGUAGACUACUAUUGCCAGGACGAGCACGCUGUGGUUGCGGUGUUCGCUGACGCAGCGGACGUGGAAAAAGUACUUGAGGCGUCGCAGCGCCUGAGUUUAUUGGAUCCAGAGUACCAGGCCGACGCUUUUUCUUACAACCGUGAUCGAGCCGCGUCUUCUGCACCUGUUCCGAAGCACGAUGCUGGGGCACGGCAAUCUGGCUCGUCCGUUCAGCAAGCCGCUGGAGCUGUUUCCGUUUCAUCUGGUUGUGACGUGAAGGAGAAGGAAAAGGAGCAGGACGAGCAGGAGAAAGCAAGAGCAACCGGCAGCAGCAGUGCGCUAGUAGGAGCCUCUGCCUCCCAGCUAGUUGCCAGAGGCGCUGCCGCGGGAGCCAGUAGCAAAGGCGAAGCUGAAGAAGAGCCACUGGCAAAGCGCAAGAAGACCGCUGAGAAGAAAGGCGGAGCCCUAGUAACCAAACGGAAUAAGGCAGCUGGGGCGGGGCCUGCGAGUGGAAAAAACGAAGAAAACAACCCGUCCUCCUCGGCUUUAGGGCGUAGCAAAAGCAAAUCGACGCGGGCGGGCGCUUCGUCGUCAGGCAGCGGCGUGCUAUGUAUAGUGAUACAACUCUAUGUAAUACUAAUUUCUUCUGCAGUAAUUAUAGAGGCCUUGAGCUACUAGUAUUACAAAUGCGGAUUUCAUCUCCUCCUCGUGGCAAGAUCUGCAUAAUAUAAAAUGAACCAAAAAUUAUGUCUCGAAAACGAAUAGGCGCCGGCGCGGCAUCGAGGCAGACGGGUACGUUAACGGAAGACCUGGCGCAGCAAGUACGGUUGAAAGUUGAGGAAUUCGUUUUCACCGUUGGCGUAAAGAAGUUGAAAGCCAUAUAACCUGCUCAGGUGUUACAAUCUGAAGCGUUGCAAUAGAAUAUGGAAUUUGUGUUGCAAAAUCCGCAACAUCUGGCCUACCCCCAAAGGAGCGCGCAUGACAAGUUUCGGAGCCCCAAACCCCAUGAGAUUCUGACGAAAUUUGUAUUGCGAAAAGCCCAAGUCUCUGUAUUGUAAAGAGGCUGUUCAUGCAAGACAAAUUCCAGAUUGUAUUGUAACGUUUGAGAUUGUAACAUCUGAGCAAGCCAUAAGCCAAGUGUGCGGAGCUGGGCGUUCGAUUGCCGGAACGCACGUCACUUUUACGCGUGCGCUAUCAAAAUGAAAAAUCCCCCGUCCCCAUAUUAAAACGGAAAUUUGUGAUGCUGAUUUGUGGUCAAACAUCGUCUUUGUCUUGCAUAUAGGGUCAUAGGAGCCAUUUUACGCAUUCCAGAGCAAAUCUGUCAUGCGCUUUCGAUAUCAAAUGCAAAAAUGUCUGGGUCUGGAAGAAUGCAACUUGUAAUGCGUAUUUCAGAACACAGAAAAGUCUCUCAUGCAUACGUAGCAAAAGCAGCCACUUUUUGUCAGCAAAAUAGGGGACUUGUCAUGCGGAUUCGGCAUUGCGGAAGGUUCUCGAAACCUGUGAUGCUAGAGCUUCCAUGCCAGACCUUCUGUGUCAUGCAAAAACAGCAUGAAUCUUCCUUUCCAGACCCAGACAUUUUUACAUUUGAUAUUCGACUAUUGCGAACCUGUACCUGUUUGCCAUGCGCAAUUGCUAGCCUUCUGCAUACCCAAACAGGCCAAGAAAAUGCACCCACGCACCUUCUGCAAGACAGAUCUGAUUUGUGUACGCAAAUCCAGCAUCAGAAACUUCGUUUCGAUAUGGGGAGGGGGGACUUUUCCUCUCAAUAUGCGCGCGUACGCGCUGCAGAAAUGGAGUAAAACCUUGAAGACAACUGAUCGGCCAUCUCUACUCACGCUCGACGAGUUGCGUCGGCGAAUCAUGGAGAUUGGGAAAACCUUGAUUGGGCGUCUAAGUGACCUCGAGGCACUUGAGGAGGCGGGGGCAGAAGAUGCGCGGCUGGAAACUGCCCGCGCGGAGUUGAAGGCGGUGUGGGAAAAAUUUGAUACCAUUAAAAAGGUGACGGAUUCAUACAUCGAGGCAGAAAAUCUGCCCAGAGAGGAGAACGAGGAGGGUUCUCAAAACUGAAAAACUUUUGUACAACUACUGCAGGAAAAGGGAGCAACAAGAACGUAAGCACGCUUGUGUACAACUGGUCGCGACUCAUCAUGAAAAGUGUGAAGCUCCCCCUGACCGCUCGGACUCGCGCCCCUGCGGCCUUUAAUUUCGCAGCGAGCAACCAAGUAGCACUAGCCGGC